AUGAUAUAUUUACAAAUUAUCAUACUUUUUUUUAUGUCAAUUUUAACUAUUAAAUGUAAUUUGGAAAGUGAAAAUGCUAGUAAAAUUAAUAGUAGAUUUAGAAGAAAUAUAAAUUAUGAAAAUAAAAAAAAUAAUAUAUAUACUGAUGAUACAUUUGUUGAUAAACAAAAUAGAAAACGUUCAAUUAAUAAUAUAAAUAUAGAAAAUAAAAGAAACAAAAGAAUGGUUAUAGGAGAUUUCCUUGCAAGAUGGGUUUUUCCUAUUCCUUAUUUUAUUGAUGUUGGUCUAAGUCACAGAAUAAUAGAUAGUUCAUUACGUAUGAUUGAAAGAGAAACUUGUAUUAGAUUUAAAAAAUUUACGGUGAUGAAAAGAGGUGUAUCAGGAUUACGUUAUUUUAAAGGAACUAUAUGUUUUAGUCCAGUUGGACAACAAAGAGGAAGAAUUUGGCAAGGAAUAAGUAUUGGACCAGGAUGUGAGACAAUAGGAAAAAUUCAACAUGAAACAUUACAUUCAUUGGGCCUCUUUCAUGAACAAUCUAGAUUUGAUAGAGAUAAGUAUUUAUACUUUAGACUAGAAAAUGCAGAUAAAACAGUUAUUGACAAUUUUCAAAAAGUUUAUCGAUUUGAUUCAAGAACUUAUGGAAUACCUUUUGACUUUGGAUCAGUUAUGAUGUACGGAUCAAACAUGUUUUCUAUAAAUGGAAAGGAUGUUAUGAUUUCAUAUGACUAUCGAUUUAAAGCUACAUAUGGUAUUGCAGAUAAAAUUUCAUUUGCAAAUGCUAAGAUGUUAAAUCAACAUUACUGUUCAACAAAAUGUCCUAGAGUAAUAAGGUGUUUUAACGGAGGAUAUCAAAAUCCUAACAAUUGUAGACUUUGUAAAUGUGUGAGAGGAUAUAUUGGACCUUCAUGUAAUUUGUUAUCACUUCCUAGUAUAAUUUGUGGUCCUUCACGUUUACAAGCUACUGAAAAAAUACAAUUUUUUUCAGUAAAUGGGUUUAAAAGCUGUAUUUACCAUAUUUUAACUGAAAAUAACAAAUUAAUAUCAAUCAAAAUUUUAGCUAGCCGUUUCAUUCCAACUAUUAAAGGUCGUUGUACCCAACAAAAUUGUCUUGAAGUAAAGUAUUGGACAAAUAAAAUAUCUGCGGGUGCAAGAUUUUGUGAUCAACAAUCAAAUAUUUUAAUUUUUUCUCAUAACGCUCAUGUAAUAAUUUACUUUAAUAGUAACCAUUUUCGAAAUUAUGUUACAAUGUUAUACAAAAGCAUAGGUAAAGUGUUUAAUCCAAAACAAAUAGAAAGAGAUUUCUUAAAAAUUCAAAAUCCAAAGUUAGAGUAA